UAUGUCAUCUCCUCCUUUUAACAAUCCCCAUUAUGAAGAUAACAGUUGCCCAUCCCUCCAUUAUGCUGAUUUAUGGUCACUUUUGCAAGAAAUUGACAUAUCGGUACCUGUUGAUGAUCAUAACUCUUUAGACCGGAUGGAUCCUAUAAUGUUCGAGCAAGAAAAUUCGGCCAUGGUGCAGUACUCCAGCCAAGAGAAAGGAUUGGUUGGAGACAACCCCAUUAAUCCUGUAGCGUUCGACCAAGAAAAUUCAACCAUGGUGCAGUCCAGCAAGGAGAAAGGACAGGUUGGAGGCAAAACCAAUUUGAAGACUAGUGAAAGAAACCGCAGAAUCAAACACUCACAAGCUAAGAAGACACUGCUGAAACACAUUGCAGAUCAACAAGGGUCAAGUGUGAUUAGGAAAGAAAACCAUAAUGCCAAGGAGAGAGUACGAAGGAUGCAGCUCAAUGCAUCUUACUUGGCUCUUCGUUCGUUGCUACCAGAUGCUCGAAGAUCAAAGAAGAGAUGGAGUUCACCGCGAAUAAUUGAUAGAGUUCUUGAGUACAUCCCUGAGCUGGAGAAUGAGAUAGAGAAUCUCACUCUCAAGAAGGAUAACAUGCUAUCCUCCCUCGCAAACGAGCAAACUCACCAGAAUCAGCCUUCAGACCUCCAAGUUCCCACGGUUUCAGUGACUGAAGUUAGAAAAGAUGAAGUGAUCGUGCAAAUAUGCAUGCAACGAGAACCAGGCAAUGUGCUCUCAAAUCUGAUGCAGAAUGUAGAGGGUGAAGGCAUGGGGAUCAUGAGUGCUUCAAGUCUUUAUGUUUGUGAUGAACGAAUCUGCUACCACCUGCAUAUUCAGACUUGGGCUCCGAAAAGAUGAUUGGCAAUGCUAAGGAGUGUGUGCGGCUCUAUUUUUUCAAAGUUGAUGAAUCUCUUGAUGAACAAACUCUAUCUACAAGUUGUGUUAAUUAAUCCAAUAGGUAUUUUUCAAGUCCUAAUUCCAACAAUGAUAGUGGAAUCAUGUUAUGACACUAUAAAUUAGGUUGUCUUAAUUUCUUGUACCUAGCAAAAUUUUACCCUUACUAUU